AUGCGUGAAGUUAUUAGUAUCAACGUCGGUCAGGCUGGUUGUCAAAUCGGUAACUCCUGUUGGGAGUUGUAUUCUCUAGAACAUGGUAUCAGACCUGAUGGGUAUCUACAAGAGGGAUUAUCCAAGCCUAAAGGUGGUGAAGAAGGGUUUUCCACUUUUUUCUACGAAACUGGAUCUGGUAAAUAUGUCCCUCGUGCAGUUUACGUAGAUUUAGAGCCAAAUGUUAUUGACGAAGUUCGUACUGGUCCUUAUAAGGAUCUUUUCCAUCCAGAACAAUUGAUUAACGGUAAAGAGGAUGCAGCAAACAAUUAUGCAAGAGGUCAUUAUACCGUGGGUAGAGAAUUAUUGGACGAUAUUUUGGAUAGAAUUAGAAAGAUUUCCGAUCAAUGUGAUGGAUUACAGGGUUUCCUAUUUACACACUCAUUGGGUGGUGGUACAGGUUCUGGUCUAGGUUCUUUACUUCUAGAACAAUUAUCCAUUGAUUAUGGUAAGAAGUCUAAGUUGGAAUUUGCCGUAUAUCCAGCACCUCAAGUCUCUACAUCUGUGGUGGAACCUUAUAAUACCGUUUUAACGACCCAUACUACUUUAGAACACGCAGAUUGUACCUUCAUGGUGGAUAAUGAAGCCAUUUACGAUAUGUGUAAAAAGAACUUGGACAUUGGUCGCCCCAGCUUUGCUAACUUGAACAAUUUGAUUGCACAAGUGGUGUCAUCGGUCACUGCUUCCCUAAGAUUCGAUGGUUCUUUGAACGUCGAUUUAAACGAAUUUCAAACCAAUUUGGUUCCAUACCCAAGAAUUCACUUCCCCCUAGUGUCUUAUGCACCAAUUUUGUCUAAGAGUAAGGCCUAUCACGAGGCUAACUCUGUCUCAGAGAUUACUAAUGCUUGCUUUGAACCGGGCAAUCAAAUGGUCAAAUGUGAUCCAAGAACAGGUAAAUAUAUGGCUACAUGUCUUUUGUACAGAGGUGAUGUGGUUACACGAGAUGUGCAGAAUGCAGUUUCGCAAGUUAAAAAUAAGAAGACCGUACAAAUGGUGGACUGGUGCCCCACGGGUUUCAAAAUUGGUAUUUGUUACGAACCACCUACCGCUACCCCAGCAUCCCAACUAUCUUCGGUUAAAAGAGCUGUUUGUAUGCUUUCUAACACAACUGCAAUUGCUGACGCUUGGAAACGUAUUGACAGGAAGUUUGACUUAAUGUACUCUAAACGUGCCUUUGUUCACUGGUAUGUUGGUGAAGGUAUGGAAGAAGGUGAAUUCACAGAAGCCAGAGAAGAUUUAGCUGCUCUUGAGAGAGACUACAUCGAGGUUGGUGCUGACUCUUAUGCUGACGAAGAGUUUUAA